AUUUGCUCGCUGGAUAUCCUUCUCAUCUUGCUUUAUCGCUUGCUUUAUCGCUUUCUCCCUUGCUUUAUCGCUUGCUUUCUCGCUUGGCUCCUUGCUGGAAUGUCCAGACACCGGCCUGAGGAGCUUCCCCGGCCGCCUUGAUUGCUGGUCGCGCAAGGGAAAACGGAGGCUGAGGCGUCACCACUGCUCAUCCGCAGAGAUGACACCCCCGGACCACUGCCUCCGCUGGCCCGGAUGGACCGCUGUGGUGAGGCCAUGGCUUCCCGUAGCGCAUGUGGACCACAGAGGUCGUCGCCGUGGCGGUCCCUCGCUGCAGCCGAGGCGCUGGGCUCUGUUGGGCCGCCGCCGAGCGAAUCGACAUCGCCGAGAUCGACAUCGCCGAGACCGAUAGAUGCUAUGCUGCCUGCGGUGUCAAUGCGGCCGUUGCCGCCGAGCAGCAUGCUUCUCCCUCCAUCCCUCCCGACGGCUAUCCCCGCACGGUCCGCCUGGGUCCGUUAACUCACGAGCAGUUUGCUGUUCGGAUCCAAUCGCACUUGCCUUCCCAUGCCAUGCCAGACCAGGUCAAUUUGCUUUCCGAUGGCGGAUCAGAUCAGAUCAGAUCAACUUGCUCCCCAGACUACUUGAUCAGCCCUGGCGGUCGAUGUCCGUCUCCGCAUUCGCUUUUGCCCAGGGACCAGCGGCCCAGAGGCGUCUUUCCUUUGGCCCUUUGGCCCUCUUAUCCAAGCCCAUCGUAUUAGCUGGACCUCGCACAGCCAAUGCCUCGCUCCUGAGCACUUGUUCUGCAUGUCCACCGCGGCCAUCUCACCAUCGCUUCCUCCAGGAUUCGCCAGACGGACGCCGACGCUGGACUCCAUCCGCCGGCCCCAACGAUUUCUUGGAUGUGCUCCGUCCGGCCCCGGUCGACGAUGCACUCUGGUCCGCUUGCCGCCGAUCGUUCCGCUGCCGUCCCAAGCCGCUAUAUCCAUCAGCGCCCCCCCCCUAUCGUUGCCAUCCAUCCAGCGCAGUCCAACUGCAAUGACUCCCUCCAUGAUCCGUAUCUCCGCGCUGGGCUGCCACUCACUUCCCACACGACAUGAUCCCCGCCGCCACCUGGUGCGUGCGCAACAACCGAAUGCUCGCCGAUAUGGGCGUCCGGCGAGGGGGCCCGCUGUCUCCCAUCGCUCCAAUCGGCGAGGGA